AUGGAAGUUGAGCAGAGGCAAACAGGUGGCAGCUAUCCCCAGGAUCAAUUCAGACCAGCCUCUCACACUUCUGGUUCGGUCCAGAGUGAAGCUACUUACCGCGGGACUGGAUACAACACACUCGGAGGCUUUGCUCCAAGCUCCCUCCAGCCAGCCCCAAGGGGCUCUGGAUCUAUCCCCAGCAGCUUUACCUCCGCCCAGACAAAGGGCCAGUUUCAAGUUGGGGUAAAGAGAAUCCAGGCCAACACUCUUCGUACUGUACAGCCUCACUCCGGCAGCUCUGGACUAGUCCAGAAUCCUGAUGUUGUGUUUAAUGUCCAGAGUAGAACUGCCUCUAACCUGAAACCAUCUACUCCUAACUAUGGCUCUACCCAGAGUGAAUUCAAGUUCUCCACCUCCAGACAACCCAACCAAGGCCUUGUCCAGACUCUGAGUAGAGGAGCCCCCAGCCUCUAUGGUCAAACUGCCACCCACACCACCUCCCUCACCCACUAUGUCCAGGACCUGAAGCAAGGGAGCAGCUUCCCUUCCCUGGCUUUCAAGGGACCAAUGGAGAUCUCUGCCCGGUCAAUUUCCACUCCUGACCGUGAAGUUCCCUCAAGUGGUUCUUCACAAACUUCAUUUAGACCAGGUUCUACUGAAGGUGGGAGUGCAACAAACCGCUACAAGCCUAGCUUCUCCCAAGAUGUCAUGCAAUACCAGAGCAACUCUGCCAGUAGAAGUGUUUCAACUUCCAAUCAAUAUGCCCAAACCUCUGGCCAGAGAAUAGAUGGAGCCUCUACCUCAAGUCGCGGCCUGGCCUCUCGCUCCAGUCUUUUUCGCCCCAGCUCUACAGCUAGUGGAAACUCCUAUGGCGCCUACAAGCCUGGCUCUGACCUUGGUGCAACACCAAGCCAAAGCUUGUUUACCUCUAACCAAGGUGGAAGGGGUUCAACAUACAGCCAGAAUCUCCUUGUAAAACCUGCCCAAGGGAAGUACGGACAAAUGUCUGCUCAGUGGGGGAGCUACCAGCCCAGCUAUGCUGCCAGUAGUGGGCCAGUCUCCAGCCUCUUCAGUUCUACCCAGGCUGCCAGAUCUUCAACAUUCAUCCAGAAUGCUCCUGCCCCAGCCCAGAAGCCAAGUGGCUCUAAACCUGUCCCCAGUCAACGCUAUCAGCCCAGCUAUUUGUUCAAUGCAGUGAAGUCCAACACUAGCUCUGCCAGACGUCCCACCCAGAGCCUCUUGUCUAGCAGCUAUGGCCCUACCCAGAGCAGGACCAGCAGUGCCAGCUCGAUCAACCCUCGCCGCUUUGCCCUGACCAUCAUGCACAGCAUCCCAGAAUUGUACGGCGGAUCUACAAUCCACCGGCUCAAAGACCCUACUCGGUAGGAGUAGUGCCUCCCCUAGCCACUCAACCCAGCUCUUCAAGUGUCAGCAAGCCACAGCCAAACCACUAUCUGCCAAGCAGAAAGGCCCUAGCACAACCUAAAUUGAGUCCAGAGCUUUAGGGGAGUCCAGAACAUGACGAAGUGGCAUCUGUAGCCACCAGUUGAGGUGCUGUGACCUGGAAGUGUUGUCAGGACUUCUCUACUUCAAUUGUUUUAAAUAAAAUUUACUAAUACA